CCUGGUCUGGUGGGAACAUUAAAUGAGGUGGGGAUCUAUUAGAGUGUAACACCUGCAUUCUAACCCGGACAUGUGAGCGAGUUGCACAAGUGCCCAGUUAUCGGUUUCGGACACGCCAUUGUUGAACAUAGUUACUCCUCACAUCACUGACUCCUCUCUCUUCACUGUGAGCUCCGAGUUAUCCCGGGUUAAAACAACUUAAAGAGGAAACUGUUUGAACCAGAAUGGCGACGGACUCCUGGGCCCAGGCGGUGGACGAGCAAGAAGCGGCGGCGGAAUCGAUCGGUGGCCUCCAAAUAAAAGAUAAACCAGAGGAAAAUGUUUAUUUUGUAGGCACAUCAGUCACGGCUUCACAUGCAAGAGAGCCCAGCAGUGCAGCUGCAAAGCCAGAAGUUGAGGCGGAAAACAAAGGUACAGAUGAGGACGAGACUGACAAAGACGACAAAGCGGCGCAGUCAUUACUAAACAAGCUGAUCCGGAAUAAUCUUGUCAACAACACGAAUCAAGUGGAAGUUCUUCAGAAGGAUCCCAACUCUCCGCUCUACUCGGUCAAGUCUUUUGAGGAGUUGCGACUCAAACCACAGCUGCUUCAGGGCGUGUACGGCAUGGGUUUCAACCGGCCAUCCAAAAUCCAAGAGACUGCCUUACCUAUGAUGCUGGCCGAACCUCCACAGAAUCUGAUUGCUCAGUCGCAGUCGGGAACAGGGAAAACAGCUGCCUUUGUCCUGGCCAUGCUCAGUCAUGUAGAUCCCCACCAAAAAUAUCCCCAGUGCCUGUGUGUUUCACCCACCUAUGAACUGGCACUUCAGACUGGCAAGGUAAUCGAGCAGAUGGGCAAACAAUAUCCCGAGGUCAAACUGGUCUACGCCAUCAGAGGAAAUAAAUUGCAGCGGGGCAUUAAGCUGGAGGAACAGAUAGUUAUUGGCACACCCGGGACCAUGCUGGACUGGUGCGGUAAAUUCAAGUUCAUAGACCCCAAGAAGAUCACGGUGUUUGUGCUCGACGAGGCCGACGUCAUGAUCGCCACACAGGGUCACCAGGACCAGAGCAUCCGCAUCCAGAGGAUGCUCCCUAAAAACUGCCAGAUGUUGCUGUUCUCAGCCACAUUUGAAGAGACGGUGUGGAACUUCGCCCAGCGCAUCGUGCCCGACCCCAACAUCAUCAAGUUGAAGAGGGAGGAGGAGACGCUGGAUACCAUCAAACAGUACUAUGUGUUGUGCAACAGCAGGGAGGAGAAGUUCCAAGCCCUCUGUAACAUCUACGGGGCCAUCACCAUCGCCCAGGCCAUGAUCUUCUGCCAUACAAGGAAGACUGCAGGGUGGCUUGCAGGGGAGCUGUCCAGAGAGGGCCACCAGGUAGCGCUGCUCAGUGGCGAGAUGCAGGUGGAGCAGAGGGCUGCUGUCAUCGACCGCUUCAGAGAGGGCAAGGAGAAGGUCCUGGUCACCACAAACGUCUGUGCCCGAGGUAUCGAUGUCGAGCAGGUUUCUGUGGUGAUCAACUUUGACUUGCCAGUAGACAAGGACGGUAACCCAGACAACGAGACAUACCUGCACAGGAUUGGCCGCACGGGUCGAUUUGGCAAAAGGGGACUGGCCAUCAACAUGGUGGACAGCAAGAUGAGCAUGAACAUCCUCAACAGGAUUCAGGAGCAUUUCAGUAAGAGAAUUGAAAAACUAGACACAGACGAUCUGGAUGAAAUCGAGAAAAUCUCCAGCUAAAGAGAACGGCGUUUAUCGCAUGAAGGACGCCGACCCGACUUCCCUUCCCCUCUUGGCUCUCCAAGGACUGUAUGCUCCAACAGUGUUUUAUGCUUUUAUUUUUUUAGCCGUCGGAGAAAACGAGCAAAACCACAAACACAGCAUAUGUUUACACGUGGAUAUGUCUCCUCUCAGACGAGUGUUUUUGUAAGUCUCUGGAUAACAUACCCCAUUUCACUCUUUGUACUUCUUUGAAUAAAGUCUAUGAGUUUAUUGCGGUGUAUGGUGAUGCUGCAAAAGCGGCCAUAGUCGACUCUGUUUUACUGAACGCACAUGGAGUUAAACACUUUUUGGUGUUGGCUGUAGUGGUGGCAUGAUACAAACUAUUCUUUUAAGAGAUUCACAAAAAAAACCUAAUGGAAAAAUAAACAUUUUAUGUGCCACAAAGUUUUUUUUUUUUAAAAAGGAACAAAGUAUAAUUGAAUGUAACUGUAUCAUGUAGACUAUUACAGCUCUUUAUUGACUCCCAAACCGCGGUACAAAGGGUGAAGUUGGGUAUGCUGCUCCGAGCGGUAGUUUAAUCACUAAGAUUGUUACUGAGAUGGUGAUGGUGAUGGUUGGGUUUCAAGGGUCUAUGCAAAACUUAUCAACCUGUGAUAGCAUUCUCAAAUACUAUCAACCUGUAUUUACAUGACAGAAAUUAAUCCUGAAUUAACCUCAGCUUCAGCAUCAGGGUGUGUAGUCAAAUGCCAAAAAAAAGGCUGCCUAGAGUGAUGAUACAUUACUAACUCCCAAGUCAUUUAGAUAUUUCUGUUUAACCAGUAAUCCUCAGCUGACCACACAUCUCACACACGUUAUCUAUAUCAUCUUAAAAAUUAUCAGGACAGGCUUAGCGCCACUGCUGAGCAUUAAUCAUUAAGUCUUCUUUUUUUUCCCCCUUCAUCUGUCUCGUUAAAAAACCUCAUUUUAAUUCACCGUUAAAGUCCGAUGUGAUCAGUUCUCCCCUUUUGUGUCUCUGUCCCACACAAUCCUUUCAAUCAGGGUCUCCAGUUUGACUUGAGCUCAGCUACAUUCUUCACCCAGACUGUGCUGUCAUUAAGGAUUGUGAGUUUAAAAAAACAAAACGCAAUGCCUUCCUCAAGUGCAUUAUAUAUACAUAUGAUUUUAUUUCUAAGACAUUGGGCUUAAUAGUCUGACUAACACUUGAAAUUUUGAUUAUAUAAUGAAUUAUGAGCGUCUAUAGGAUGUGUGAAUUAUCUUGAAACCAAAUGCUGAAUUGACUUGAGGACCUAUAUGCCAAUCAGAUUCACUGUGUUGCUCCAACAUGGUCGCAUGGAUAGGAAACAUGUACUUGUGUACAUAUUUUUAAAGAAAAAUUUAGAAAAUAGUGUGACGGAAUUAUUGAGUCACUUCUAAGAAGUGCAAAAAAAAAAAAAAACAUUCCUCAUGAGGUUCAAUUUUGACAGACGCAGCGCUUCGAAUACGGUGAGCCUAAAUCAGUUAACCUUGCAUCAGCAACGGCGGAAUGUCUGGUGUUUUUGAUCAACGCGCUGGAACAUUUAAGGGCAGUGAUUGGUCAGUCUGAACCUUGUACAAACCUCAUCUGGCUCCCACCGGCAUCCAGAAGACGGCUGGUGGUAGUCCGGUUUUAAUGGACUGUUUACGGACAAUUUAGCCAAAAUUAGAAGCAAGUGAGAGUGUGCUGAGAAUGCUCCGUGAAGACUUUCGGGUAAAGAACCAAUGUAUGCAGUUUUAUUUGGACAUUUGGAUGUAUACAUUAUCAGUGAGAGUGUGUGUGUGCACUUUGUUGAUCCAUAAUGUAAUGCCACUGUACGAGAGCCAUGGACACACAACAGCAGUUUUAGCUAUAGAACGUAACACUCUUUCUCCACCUGUUGUACACCUUGUUUGAUAAUUGUCAGAAACCAGUUCAUACAUGUAUACAUAGGAGUAUAAUAACUGCCUCACUAGGCUUAAAGCAAGUUGUCUUGUUGUAACCUGAAGGUCAUGUGUAGACAAAUGAUAGGGUUCAAGGUGUGUGGUAUUCUGUAGCUGAGCUGCGUUCAUGGACACAGUCAUGUAUUCUUAAUAUGUUGAAUUAAAAGAACAUGUAGAUGUUCAUCUGUA